CCAUCCCACAAUCCUCUGGGGGGCCCUCCCCCUCCCCUUCCCCCUGUCCUCAGGCAAACCCCUUUCCCGUUGGGAUCACCCCCUGCCUUUCCUGUCUCCCCCUUUCCUCUCAUUCUCCCAUCAAACCAUCUUCUGCUGCGUGAUCUCCCACCACCUCUGCCAAGCUGUCCGACAUGUCUGGACCCGUGCCAAGCCGGGCACGAGUGUACACGGAGGUCAACACUCAUCGGCCGAGGGAGUACUGGGACUAUGAGUCCCAUGUGGUUGAAUGGGGGAACCAGGAUGACUUUCAGCUGGUACGCAAGUUAGGACGUGGAAAGUACAGUGAAGUCUUCGAGGCGAUUAACAUAACUAAUAACGAGAAGGUGGUAGUUAAGAUCCUCAAGCCUGUGAAGAAAAAGAAAAUCAAGCGUGAAAUCAAGAUUUUAGAAAAUUUGCGUGGAGGUCCUAACAUCAUUUCCCUCGUCGACAUYGUAAAAGACCCUGUAUCCCGUACACCUGCCUUGGUCUUUGAACAUGUGAAUAACACAGACUUUAAGCAACUGUACCAAACACUGACGGAUUACGACAUUCGGUUCUACAUGUAUGAGAUCCUCAAGGCGCUCGACUACUGCCACAGCAUGGGAAUCAUGCAUCGAGAUGUGAAGCCACAUAAUGUGAUGAUUGAUCACGAGCACCGUAAGCUACGCCUGAUCGACUGGGGCCUGGCCGAGUUUUACCACCCAGGACAGGAGUACAACGUCAGAGUCGCUUCUCGUUACUUCAAAGGGCCCGAGCUGCUGGUGGACUAUCAGAUGUAUGACUACAGCCUUGAUAUGUGGAGUUUAGGCUGCAUGUUGGCAAGCAUGAUCUUCAGAAAAGAGCCGUUUUUUCAUGGACAUGACAACUAUGAUCAGUUGGUGAGAAUAGCCAAGGUUCUGGGGACAGAAGACCUCUAUGACUACAUUGAUAAAUACAGCAUUGAGCUGGAACCUCGCUUCAAUGACAUUUUGGGACGGCAUUCUCGUAAACGAUGGGAGCGUUUUGUCCACAGUGAGAACCAGCACCUGGUCAGUCCUGAAGCUCUGGAUUUCCUUGACAAACUCUUGCGUUACGACCACCAGGCUCGACUGACCGCCCGCGAAGCCAUGGAUCAUCCUUACUUCUUCUCUAUUGUGAAAGAGCAGUCUCGUUUGGUGGGCUCAGUCAACCUGCAGAGUGGGAACCCAGCUGUUACCACGGCCAACAUGAUCACUGGUAUCUCUGCCCUGCCAGCCUCCACUGCCCUGGGUCCUCUCACCGGCUCACCAGUGCUGUCAGCUGCCACCAACCCCAUGAGCACCUCGGUGCCUGCUGCUGCUGGAACCCCACAGUGACCGUCCCCACAGAAACCCACCCAGAGGGGUUCAUUCAGCCUGCCCUCAUCCAACCAACUCGGUGUGAUGGAGCCUGCUUCUCCUAACAGGAGGCCCCUGUCUUCUUGAGAAAGAUUUGUUUGUUUAAUAAGUGGCAACAUGUUGACGUCACAUUUGAAAUGAAUGUUCUGUGUAACUCAAACCUACACAUCUGUAAUCUUCCUUAUGAAAGGGUUGAGGGGUGACUGGUCCAAAGAAUCAGCUGAAGGUAAAAUAAAUGUUAGUCAUCGGGACCAAGACGAGCACAUUCUGUACAGUUUACUACUGAAGCAUCAUCCGAACGAGGCCUGAUGAAAACACUUCAUUUACCUUCCCAGAUGAGCUGACAGAUCAGAGGUUUGGUGCUGUUCUCUCCAGAUUUACUUUAAUACAACACAUCAGGUAACCWGUCUUCUUUACAUGCGCCUCUGUCAUCAUGUUCUUUAUUUCCUAAUGGUUCUGAGCUGCUGGAGGUCUGCUGCCACCAGGUGRGCUCAUCAGCUCAACAUCUGGAUCAGAAUCUGAAGAACCGGGCUCAUUCAGGUUUCACAGAAACUUUCUCAGACAUGCUGCUUUCCAGUUCCUUGAAUCCUUCAAUGGCUUUUCUGGAUUUAUUUUAAGAUUUAACCAAAGUUUACACAGUUCCAGUAAGAGACUGAAUUGAGUUUUGUUUUCACUUUAACGCAGGCUGAUGUGUACACAGGUUGAUAAUCACCUGCAAAGACUGUUGCUGUUGCGUACAGUGAGACUUUCACCAACAGGUUGAAGCAGUGAAAUAAAACAGCACUUGAAGAGUGAAGUCCUCACCCAGUGUUAGUGCCAGUCUGAAAGUGUAACUUUUAGAGCCUGCUGUAUCAAUAACAUUUUUUAAUACCUGCAGAUGAAUCAGAACAUGUAUACAUUGGUGUAGACUAGUAUUCUAAAAUAUCUGUAAAUAAAUGUUUUAUCAGUUAAA